AUGAGCCUCUCCAAACUUGCCGAGUUUGGCACCCGCCAUGUCGCCCGAGGAAUCGGACGACUGGCGACCGAAGUCAUCGAAAGCGGCUCCGGCAGCUAUGUGACAAUGGCGAGCGGACGCAAGAUGCUCGACUUCACCUGCGGUAUUGGCGUCGCCAACCUAGGCCAUUGCCAUCCUGCCGUGACCAAGGCCGCCCAGGCGCAAGUUGCCAAAAUGGUGCACGCUCAGGUCAAUAUUGCCUUCCAGAGGCCAUAUCUGGAACUCAUUCAGUCGCUUCUGCCCAUCAUGCCACACAAGUCGCUGGACACGUUCUUCUUCUGGAACUCCGGGUCCGAGGCCGUUGAAGCGGCCGUCAAGCUUGCACGACAUGCCACCAAGAAGCCCAACAUCAUCGUGAUGCAAGGGUCAUAUCACGGACGCACCUUCGGGACCAUGGCCAUGACACGGUCCAAAACCGUCUACAGUGAGAACUAUUCGCCGCUCAUGCCGGGGGUGUUUGCCGUGCCUUUCCCCUACUGUGCACAGUGUUCGAUCGCGAAACGAUGUGACGGGAAAUACAACUCGGAGAACUGCUGCAUGGAUCCGGUCGAGCAACUGGAACUGCUCUUGAAGCGAGAGACUGCCCCCUCCGACACGGCAGCGAUCUUCAUCGAGCCUGUUCUCGGAGAAGGUGGGUACGUCCCUGUGGUGCCAGCGUACCUGAAGCGGGUGCGUGAGAUCUGCGAUAAGCACAACAUUCUUCUCGUCGCAGACGAGGUGCAAUCCGGAUUCGGUCGAACGGGCAAGAUGUUUGCCAUCGAGCACUAUGGCGUUCGACCAGAUAUUUUGGUCAUGGCAAAGGGCAUUGCAAAUGGAUUCCCGUUGUCGGGGAUCGUCUCGAGGAAGGAAUUGAUGGAUAUGCAAAAGCCCGGCUCCAUGGGCGGCACGUAUGCUGGCAACGCCGUAUCAUGUGCAGCCGGCAUUGGUGUGGCGCAGGCGUUCAAGGAUGAAAACAUUCUGGAGAACGUCAAUGUGCGAGGGAAGGAAAUGAUGGACAUGCUUAAACAGGCCAAAAAGGACUUCCCGGAUGUGGUGUACGAUGUGCGAGGAUUGGGCCUGAUGCUGGCCUGCGAGUUCGUGGGGGGCAAGAGCUUUGCAUCGAAAGUGCAAGCGAAAUGCAUGGAAAACGACAUGCUGAUCUUGACCACAUCCAUUUACGACACUUUGCGCUUCAUUCCGCCCCUGAACAUCACCAAGGAGGAUAUGGCCAAGGGUUGCGAUAUCAUUCGAAAGGCAAUUGAGGAGGUGGCGGCGGGUGAGAAUCCCGCGGAGACCAAGACGAAAGGUCAGGCUCCUGAAUAG